GCAGGAACGCAGUGUUUGGCGCGGGGGACGACGAGAGAUGGAAACUGACCGUAUCAAAAAAGGAAAUAACUGCAUACUUGGGAAGCGAAGUUUACCUUCAUCUGCAAAACAUGAGUCUACUAAACAGUUAUGAUAUUAUUGAGUGGAAAAAAGUAGAUACAAAUAAACGUAUCUGUAUAAUGAAAAAAAAAGCUUCAUGUGAACAUGAUGUAAGCAAAAGUCUCAGCCAAAAUGGAACUCUGACAUUGAAGACGGUGACAAAAGAUGAUGCAGGACUAUAUUCACUAGAACUCUUCAAAGAUGGAAUGUCUCUUAUUGAAGAGGAAACAAAGCUAAACAUAGAGGUAUGGGUACCUAAACUAACGAUCACAGAGAAUUGUGACAAUGGAAUUGUCCUUACCUGCAAUGUGGAGAACAGUUAUGUUGAGAAGUUUGACUGGACACUGAAUGGUAAAUCUCUGAGUCCUACCCAGGCACAAUUCAGUGGGAACAACGAAAAGGUGACAUUGAAGAUGACAUUUAAAACCAGUGACACGUUUGUCUGCAUUGCUAGAUCUGCAACUAAGAGUGUAGAAAGUGCGCCUAAAACACUUACAUGUAAAGCAGACAUCAAUUGGUUCCUGAUUGGAGGCAUAGCGGUAGAAGGACUCCUGGUGCUGGUCUUGUUUGUGGUGAUUUGCUGUAUCUGCCAGAAAAAUAGACAGGGACAACAAAGUCUGGAUGAGGAGCUUCCAACUAUGUCAACUAUUCAGACUGAAGGAGAGACAAGAUUGUAGCCACCCCAAGGUCGUAUUCACAGCCAAGAUCCCAGCCUCCACCAAAAUCCCAACUGCCUGGGGAUCAGAUAAUGUUGAUGGAACCCGAGGAGGAACAGCCACCAACCAGACCAAGACCAAGGCAGAAAGCUCCCGGUCCAAAUGUGCAAUAUUAAAAGGCAGAUUUGCUAUUAGGCGCUAAACAUGUAUGUAUGGAAAUUUAGGGUAUUAGCGAACAUGUAAUUUUUAUCACAUGAAAUAACUUAACAAAGGAGUGUCCAUAUAUGACACAAAUUUGGUCCUACCUAAAUGUAGUCGAUUUAUGUUCAGAUAACCCUUGGUGAUCAAGGCCGUAGCCAGGAAUGUAAAAUCACUGAGGCACUCAUGUAUAGUAAGUUACAGUGUCUAUUGGUGGCAAGCCCCCAAACCCCUACCUAAAAUUACAUCAUAAUAAUAUUCACAACCUGGGUCCUCUAAACUAUUGUUAGAAUUGUUCAAACUUGCAUAAAGUGGGUCUGCUAAACUGCAGUUUACAAGCCACUUCCACUAGCGGGUUAGAAUUGGAAUAUUAAUAAGAUGGGUUCGCUAAACUAAGGGCUACCAAGGUAAUUUAUUAUUCUGUAUUAUUAGGCUGAUAUAUACUUAUUUUUAAUUAACAUUAUUACUUUGCCUCACCUAGUAAAAGAGUUGCUAAUAAUCCUUGGAUGUUUCGAAGCCAUUCAAACACGUUUAACUAGCUAUGGUGGUAUGAACUGGGCCGUACAGUGUCGCUGUAGUCUGCAAUGACAGUAAAGGAUUUUGAAGAGCACAGAGGCUAUAGAUAUCGGUGAGACUUUUAAUGUACGCACACAACGAUUAGAUAUGUCAUCUUCCAGUGGUAGGUCAUUUUUCUUUUGACUUUACUUGUAUACAGCAUAACCCAUGACUUUGUUACAACUUUGCCACAAUCUUGUCAAGCAAAUUAAAUAACUUUUAAUUAAAUUAAAUGAAAUUAAAUUAAAUUAAAUAACUCUGUGUAGGAAAAAACAUACUGUCCAUUUGUAAAGGCAAUAUAGCUUUUGUUUAUUAAUUACAAAAAUAAAAAAUGUAAUGGUUGCUAUAACAAGAAAUGUAAGAAGCAAUACAUUUAGGUAGCUUCAAAUCACAAAAUAUUGACACUUUGCCUGCAUAUUGAUAAUGGACAGCAAACAGCUGAGCUUGUCUGAUACUGCCAUUCAGAAACAAUGCAAAUAUGCUGUUAAUUCGUUUUGAAUGGUAUCUGUAAAAUUCUCAUCAAUAUGCUGUUACACUUGAAGGAAGAGUUGGACUGCAUUUUAGAAUUUGA